AUGUCAACCAAAGGAACUGUUCUGGUCACCGGCGCCAACGGUUACAUUGCCGCCCGAACGGUUGAAGCCUUUCUUAAGGCCGGGUACUCUGUCAAGGGCACCGUCAGAUCGCUUUCGUCUGCCACGGAAGUGAAGCAAGCAGUCACCGAAUACGCGGACAAACUCGAGUUUAUUGAGGUGCCCGAUAUCACCGUUGCUGGUGCUUUUGAUAGCGCCGUUAAAGGGGUUGACGCCAUUGCCCAUCUCGCAUCGCCCGUGUCCUUUGACUUCACGGAUCCCGAGCCCGUUCUCCACAGCGCCAUCAACGGCACAGUCCGCAUCCUGGAAUCGGCGUUGAAGGAAUCAAACAUUAAGAACUUCGUGCUGAUGUCCUCUGUCACCGCAAUCCUCGAGCCGAAGACGGAAGACUACACUUUCACCGAAGCCGACUGGAACACGGCUGCUGAGAAUGCCGUCGCCGAGCUCGGCAAGGCCACACCUGGUCGAGUCAUCUAUGCCGCGAGCAAGGUCGCCGCCGAGAAGGCCAUGUGGAAGUUCCGGGAUCAGAAAAAGCCAAAAUUCACUCUCACGGCCAUCAACCCCUGCUUCGUCGCCGGCCCACCCCUGGUGGUCCCCGCUUCGGCAGAUAAGAUCAGCAUGUCGAAUCUAUUGAUUCCACAGGUUUUCACCGGAAAGGCCCUGGAGGAGGCGGGCUUCCCGGGCUCCGACGGAUACGUUGACAUCCGUGACGUGGCUCGACUUGUUGUUUUUGGUGUCGAGCACGGCAGCGAGACAAACAACCAGCGGUUCCUGGCUGCGGCUCAUUACUCGCCGGCGCAGGCUGUGGCCGAUAUUCUCCGGGAAGAGUUCCCCGAGAGGGCCGAAAUCAUCAAGCAAGGGACCCCGGGUGAGGGUUAUUUCCCCGACUAUCGAUUUCCAGCGAGGUCGGCGUUUGACGGCACCAAGGCGGUCCGAGCUACUGGCCAGGACUACAUCCCGUGGCGCCAGACCGUGUUGGACACGGUCGAAAAGCUGAAGUCAAUUCUUGUGUAG